AGGAUGCCACCGCCCUCCCCCUUCGUACGUGCGAUUGACUGACUGCUAUGAAUGUUCUCGACUGAACGUAGGUAGGCCUAGACGAAGUAAAUUCCACGGCAAGUCAACACACUACCAUUGCAUCUGAGCAAGAAACACUCUUUCAUAAAACAGUACACUACAACAUUGAUAGGAGAAACUGAUAAAAUGGUGAACGACACUAUUGAUCCAGGAGACGGCCAGACAAUAAAUUAUUUAGGCGUUCUCGAUUACGUUAUUCUUGGAUUCGUGGUGUUUGUGUCUGCAGCAACUGGAAUAUAUCAUGGAUUUGCCAAAGGUGGUCAAACUACAACUGAACAGUUUCUGGUUGCGGAUCGUAGCAUGUUUAGUAUACCGAUUGCUAUGACCCUCUUGGCCUCGUUUAUAUCACCGAUUACGAUUCUCGGAAAACCAGCGGAAAUCUACACAUAUGGUGGCCAGUACUUCAUUUUCAUUUUGUGCCAUCUUCUUCUGUUUCCAUCAAUCGCAUUUAUAUUCAUUCCAGUCUUUCAUGGACUAAAGAUUACAAGUGCAUAUGAGUAUUUAAAACUACGAUUCGGAGUACCACUUCAAAUGGCUGGCGCCUUUAUAUUUAUGCUACAAACGGCUUUCUACAUGGCUAUAGUGUUGUAUUCACCUGCGUUAGCCAUCGAAGUUGUAACGAGUUUUGAUCUAUGGAAGACGAUGUUGAUUGGUGGAAUAGUGUGUACUUUCUAUACGUCAUUAGGAGGGAUGAAAGCUGUUAUCUGGACUGACGUAAUCAUGUUCGUAGUGAUAUUUGGAACAACACUGAUGGUGAUUAUUACAGGUGUUAUGAAGGCUGGUGGAGUGGCGCACGUGUGGGAGACAAAUAAAGAAGACGAUCGACUUGAUUUGAUACAGUUUCCCUGGGAUCCAACUCAGCGCAUGACAUUUCUCAACCUGGUGAUCGGUGGUUUUAUGAACUCACUUCCGAUGUGGGCUGUGAGCCAGACUGCUGUUCAACGAUUUCUUUCAGCAAAAAGUAUACGUGAUGCUCAAAUGUCAAUUUGGAUGAAUCUUCCCUUCGUAACUCUGCUUUUGAUUUUUAUUAAUUUUGAAGGCCUCGUACUUUACACUUUCUAUAACGAACCACCAAAUGUUCCUCCAAAUGUGACUAAAAGUGAUCAGAUUAUGAUUUACUUUGUAAGUGAGCAAUUCGGCCAUGUCCCUGGCUACCAAGGUCUAUUCAUUGCGUGUCUCUGGGCUGGUACCCUGAGCACCAUUUCAUCUGGAUUAAACGCUAUGAUAGCCGUGACAUUGGAGGAUAUGGUGAAGCCAUACAGGAGAUGGAGAGCUAAGAGGAACAAUGUACCUGUUGAAGAAAACGAUGCAAGUGAUACGUUCCGCUCUAAAAUAUUGACUUGCAUCUAUGGCGUUAUAAGUAUAUUUUUGGCGUUCCUUGCAACUAAGAUGGGAACACUAGUUUCAAUGGGAAAUUCUAUAUUUGGAGCGGCCGGGGGACCACUGCUGGCAGCAUUCACACAAGGAAUGAUGUGGAAGCGAGCCAACUCAAUGGGAACACUUAUUGGAGUUUCAGUUGGAUUUGUAAUUGGAUUGUGGAUGACGUUCGGGGGGAUGUUUUAUGAUGCAACCGAUCCAGACACAUUCUAUCUAUACCGUGUAUCGUUCAUGUGGUACGCCACAAUUACGUGGUCUAUCUCGACCCUUAUUAGUAUCAUUGGAAGCGAGGUGUACAGACACAUUAAUCCGUCAGAGAUCGAGAAGCCCAUUGACCCCGCCCUCCUGGUGACAUUCUUGAGGUAUUUUAUUAACAGUUUUUUUAUAAGAACAGCAACUGCAUAAUAGCAAGAUAAUAAU